AUGCCGGGCCACACAAAGCGCGCCAUGGCGCAACGGAAGGCGAACAAGGAGCGCCGGGCGUGCGAACACGGGCAGCGUCCGGCUGCAUCGCGCCGCAGCAAAGCGCAACCGGGGCAGCGUGCGCUGCAGGGGCAGCAGCGCGGCCGGGUGCCGUGCGCCAGCAUCUACGACGAGGCGGACCCGUUGGACCGCCAGCUGUUUGACUACAUCAUUGUGGUGGAUGUCGAGGCGACCUGCGAGGAGGGCAACGCCAACUACCCUCACGAAAUCAUCGAGCUGCCAGGGGUGCUCAUUGACGUGCGUCGCGGCGUGGUGGACAAGCAGCGCUCGUUUCGCUCGUACGUGCGGCCGUGGCGCAACCCCGUGCUCUCCGGCUUCUGCAAGGCCCUGACCGGCAUUGCGCAGGCGGACGUGGACGGCGCGCCCAGUCUUCCGGAGGUAGUGAAGGCGUUUGAGCGGUGGUACCGUGCGACGAUUCCGGCGGGGGCCAAAGUUGCGUUCGCCGCGGACGGCCCGUGGGACUUCAAGAACUUCAUCUACGAGCACUCCGUCCUGCGCGACCACGUGGGUUUCCCCGGCAUCUUCUACGAGUACCUCGAUAUUCGCACGACGUUUGCCCACCACUUUAACCGUGGCGCCCCGAUCAAGUUGGACGCCAUGCUGCGGCGGAUGCAGCUGGAGUUUGAGGGCCGCCCGCACUGCGGCUUCGACGACGCGGUGAAUAUUGCGCGGCUCGCCGUGGCGAUGAUGCGGGCCGGCUGCGUCUUCGACUUCCUCAUCACCAUCCCCAUGGAGGACGCCUACCACUACCCGCUAGACGGCUACCCGCUCUACCGCCGCGCGGAGGGCAGCGGGCGGCUUGACCCCGACGUCGUAGACGACAUCGCCAAGCGGUGCUACGGCAUGGAGUACUUCAGCUUUGGGGAGCGGCACCGGGAGGCGGUGCUGCAGUACCGCAUGAAGCACCCCCACCAAUUCCGCGGCAUGACCGUGAAGCAAAUGGAGAAGAGGCUGCACCGCGGGAGGCUGGCCAUUCGCUGUCGCCUGGUCGCGCUCUGCGCGCUCGUGGUUGUUGCCGCCGGGAUGCUGCUUGCGCUGCUCUUCACAAGGGUCUCCCGGUGGUGGGGGCGGCCGCCGUAA